CAGCACAUGGUUCUCCACCUGAACAACGACAUGGUCAUUGUUUAUUAUCACUUGGCAAUUCUCGUCUUUAUCUACAUGGUGGAAUGGAUGGACGAACAUUUUUUUCAUCACUUUAUUCAAUAGAUAUUAAUGAAAAACCACCACGAUGGACUGAACAUAUAUCACCAUCUUCAUCAUCUUGUCCAAUGUCUCGUGCAGCACAUGGUGGUGUUUCUAUUGAAAGUACAUCGACAUUAUUUAUAUUUGGUGGUUUAUCACGUAGUGGUCAAGCAUUAAAUGAUACAUGGUCAUGGUCAGCAAAGAAUGAACAAUGGACAGAAAUUGUUUGUCGAUCUGUACCAAAAGCUAGACUUGAUUUUGCAUACUGUCUUGUAGAAGUAAAAGACGAUAAACAAGAUUCUGAAAAAGUAUUACCAUUUAUGUUUAUUCAUGGAGGAACAAAUACAGAGGGAGAUAUUUUUGAUGAUUGUUUUCUGUUAAGAUUAACGUUUGAUAAUGAAUAA